GUUUAGUGUUCAACAUUUCCCAAGGCUACUUCGACCUGCCCGUUUAGACGAUUACUAUUCCGGCCCGACAACGAUCAUCAUUAGCGAUUCGAACGCCCACCGAAUUGGGACGAACGGCAGUGCGCAAGAGACACUAUUAGCUGGCUCCUCCAGCUCGAAUCCCCCAACAGCUCGCCUCCACCGCAUCGCCUGUCGCAUCCCGCUAUGAUCUAGAUUUAUUGCCAUUGGACCGUCGCACACAUCGCAACGCAAGCAACCUUGGGCUUAUCACCUCGGCGUGAGGGGUCUGGCAUACGCCUUGAUAGCCAACACCAAAGUUCCCCGGCUAUCUCACACUACCUUUGUCGUGCUCUUGCAGGCCGGUUCGGUUGCGUUUGGUGCCAUCUUGAGUGAGGGGCCCAUUGAACCAUCACGCUCGUCCAGCCAGCCAACCAAGCCCAGCCGAGACAUCUAGCUAUCGCACAAUUACAGUGAGGACAACUGCAUACAGACACCAUGUCGAGCUCCCAGGGUGGAGGGGACUCCAAGCUAUUCGCUCGAGGCAAAGUCGCCGAGCUACGGCUUGAGUUGAACGCGGGCGGUAAGAAAGACAAGAACUUCGUACAGAAGAAGAUCGCCCUCAAGAAGAUCGUCGCCAACAUGACCAUGAGCAAUAACGAAAUGGUCGCCCUGUUCCCCGAUAUCAUACAAUGCAUGCAGAUACAGAGUCUAGAGGUCAAGAAGAUGAGCUUCCUGUUUCUCGUCAAUUACUCGAGGAUGCGGCCCGAGACCGCGAUCAAGGCAAUUCCGGUUCUACAACAUGACAUGGAAGAUCCGAACCCGUUAGUCAGAGCGCUCGCUCUCCGAACAAUGUCCUAUGUCCACGUCAAAGAAUUUGUUGAAGCGACGGUACCGCUCGUCAAACACCUGCUCCGAGACGCUGACCCCUACGUGCGCAAAACAGCCGCGUUUUGUGUCGCCAAACUUUACGACCAUGACAGGCACAUGGUGGAGAACUCAGAUUUGAUAGAACGGCUGAACUCGUUACUGAGAGACGACAACCCGACGGUAGUUGCCAGUGCGCUGGCUGGGCUGAUGGACAUCUGGGAGAGGAGCGAUGCCAUCAAGCUUACAAUUGAUUAUAGUAACGCUUCAAAGAUGGUGGCUAUCCUGCCAGACUGCUCUGAGUGGGGUCAGACGUACAUACUCGAGGCGCUCAUGUCGUAUGUGCCACAAGAAUCAGGAGAAGCCACCUUGCUUGCCGAAAGGAUAGCACCGCGGUUAUCACAUUCAAACUCGGCAGUCGUUUUAACGUGUGUACGUGUCAUCUUGUAUCUCAUGAACUACAUCGCCGAGGAGAAGCAAAUUUCUGCUCUGUGCCGGAAGCUGUCACCACCUCUAGUGACGCUGCUAGCAAAGGGGCCCGAGGUGCAAUACCUAGCGCUGAGGAAUGCGUUGCUAAUCCUCCAGAGAAGGCCUGAUGUCCUGCGAAAUGAUAUCCGUGUCUUCUUCUGCAAAUACAAUGACCCGAUCUACGUCAAGGUCACGAAGCUGGAACUCAUCUUCAUGCUUGCAAAUGAGAAGAACAUCGACGAGGUCUUGACUGAGCUUCGUGAAUACGCCACCGAAGUAGACGUCCAUUUCGUCCGCAAGGCAGUCCGUGCCAUCGGCAAGUUGGCGAUCAAGAUUGAGUCAGCGGCUCGACGAUGUAUCAACCUGCUUCUUGAGCUCGUCGCGACGAAAGUCCCAUACAUCGUCCAAGAGGCCACUGUUGUCAUUCGCAAUAUCUUCCGCAAAUAUCCCAAUCAAUAUGAAUCCAUCAUUGGCACGCUCUGCGAGCAUCUGGACUCGCUUGACGAGCCCGAGGCCAAAGCGGCCAUGGUUUGGGUCAUCGGGCAGUAUGCUGCUCGCAUCGAGAACUCAGAUGCCCUACUCGAGGACUUCUUGUACUCGUUUGCCGAGGAACCAGUCGAGGUGCAGCUCGCUCUGCUCACAGCAACUGUUAAACUCUUCAUCCAGCGCCCAACCAAAGGCCAAGACCUCGUGCCCAAGGUCCUCAAGUGGGCCACCGAGGAAACAGAUAACCCCGAUCUCCGCGAUCGGGCGUACAUGUACUGGCGUUUGCUAUCGACCGAUAUGAAUCUUGCAAAGCAGAUCGUCAUGGGCGAGAAACCGCCCAUCACCGCCGAGUCGGAGAAGCUCGACCCCCAGACUCUGGAGGAAAUGUGUCUGAACGUGGGCACAUUAGCUACCAUCUACCUCAAACCGGUCCAGACAGUCUUCCGAUCAGCGCGACCCCGGAAGCUACAAGAUUCGCCUGCCUUGCAGAAACACACACUACCCACUUCUCAGAAUCUGCCUACCUUCGAUAACCAGAAGAACCUCUCCAUGCUCGGGAUGGGGGGCCAGCCUGCCGUUGUCCGGCGCAAUCAAAAUGGUGGACUCGCAGGCGUCGACAAUGAAAACGAGGACGGACAUGGGCAGAUGACGCAAGCCAUGAACGACGCAGACGCAUAUUUUGCCGGUAUAGGGAGCCAGCAGAUGGCGGCUAUGGACAUUAACGAUGGCGGCGAUCAGUUCGGAGGUGGUGGCGGCGGCUCUGAGGCGGGCUAUGUGGUUAACCAAUAUGCGCCGCAACAAGUUUUCCGGCCUGCUCAGGGCGGUGGGAGUAAUGGUGAUUUGUUGAUGCUGUAGAGUAUGCUGUCUGUGUGUACCGUGGAACAAGCAGACGGUGCGGGGGGUUGAUAGAACAUAAUCGUUUGUAUGUACAGAGCACUAAGAGCAAGCGCGCCAUUGUGUAGGAUUACAGUCACUUGCAAUAAUGAUAUUAGGCAUAUUUAGUACGUUGCAUCCGCGUGGUCUCACUCGAAAGCUGGAAAGUCGCUUAGUUGAUUUUGUGCAUG